AUGUCGAAUGCAACCCCACCGCACUACGUGCGUUUGAGGCGACACAAUGUGACUAUUUUUCUUCACUGUGACGUGAACCACGACACCGUUCAGGCGAUUAAGGAGCGUUACGAGAAAUUGACCGGCCGGACUUUCUACACCGUUAGACUCUACCUUGGCCGGCAAAACCUGGACGAUUUCUCUACGCUUUUCAACUGUGGUAUUGAACGCGAAGGUGCUGAGCUCACGGUGGUGUAUUCGAAGGGAGCAAAGAUGGACGGCACUGGUGAAUAUAUUUGGGAGGACUUGGAAGAAGCUGCACGACUCCCGCCGCCCCCACAAGAAGAGGUAAAGGAGACACAAGAGGGAGAGGCCGUUUCCGAGUCUCGAGGAGGUGGCGAUCUGGUGGAGGAGGGUGGCAAUGAGGUGCUUCCGACGCGUCCUGAGGAUAAGAAACAAGAGUCCGCCGAACCCAACGUUGGCUUUGUUGGAGUAUAA